CCAGACAUUCAGUCCAUGUGUAGCCUACCUCACACGCACACAGCCUCCACGCAUCAGUUGAAAGAAACCUGACUGCGCGACGGAUGCAGCGCACGAAGCUCCUGGUGUUCCACAUCUUUCAUUUGAAUCAGUUAUUUUUUCCGUGUAGGGUGUUUCCCUACACUAUUCUGUUUUGUAAAUGGUUUCUUAAGUGUGAAUACUCAUGGAUCUAUUACGCACGGAUAUUCCACUUAUUUCUCCGCUAUCCCGAUGGCAGAAGCGGGAGCAUACCGUGGAUACUGCUUUAGUAGAAACCAGACCGGUUGUCUGUGAUUGGAAAAAUCGCACGGCUGCUACUUUUCUUUGCGAUUGACGGCAGUCCUUAAACACAGCCGUCAAUAAGGUAACUAGGCUAUCCUGUGGAAACAGACGUGUUCGAUGUUUCCAUUAUAUUAUGCGAUCUAAUUGCAGCAGGGUAUAUGACUUGGCUCUGACCCGCGGCGUCUAAAUGAAGUGGCCCAGCCAUGCAAUGUUCCUGGAAGGCAGUGAUCCUGCUGGCCUUGGCCUCCAUUGCCAUCCAGUACACCGCCAUCCGGACUCUCACCUCCAAGCCCUUCCAGCUCUGCCCCGUGCCAAGCCCCCAGAACUGUGGCCUCCUAGGAGGCCCCGAGACAGAGUCCCCCAUGGAGGGGCGGGCCGGCUGCGACGACUACCCCUACUUCAGCUUCAACACCUCCCGUAAGACCCACAUCAUGGUGCUGGCUACAACGCGCAGCGGCUCCUCCUUCGUGGGCCAGCUGCUCAACCAGCAUGCUGACAUCUUCUACCUAUUUGAGCCCCUCUACCAUGUCCAGACCACGCUGAUCCCUCGGCUAUCUCACAGCCGCAACGCAGCCGACCGCAGGGUGAUGCUGGGUGCCAGUCGCGAUCUCCUGCGGAGCCUCUACGGCUGCGAUCUCUAUUUCCUAGAGAGCUACAUUAAGCCGGCGCCAGCCAACCACACCACGGACAAGCUGUUCCGCAGAGGGGCCAGCCGUGCGCUAUGCUCGCAGCCCGUGUGUGACGCCUUUGGACCCACCGACGCCAAUGUAGAGGAGGGUGACUGCGUCAAGAAGUGCGCCGCCCUCAACAUGACCCUGGCGGCCGAUGCCUGCCGCGAGAAGCGGCAUGUGGCAAUCAAGGUUGUGCGUGUGCCGGAGAUCGGGGACCUGCGGGCGCUGGUGGAGGAUCCACGGCUGAACAUCAAGGUUAUCCAGUUGGUGCGCGACCCUCGCGGGAUCCUGUCAUCGCGGAUCGAGACUUUCCGGGACACCUACCGUCUGUGGAGGAUUUGGAGGGCCACAGGGCGGAGGCCCUACAACCUGGACCUCAGCCAGCUGACGGUGGUUUGUGAGGACUUCCUCGGCUCUGUGUCCACAGGGCUCAGUCACCCCCACUGGCUCAAAGGGAAGUAUAUGCUGGUGCGUUACGAGGAUCUGUCCAGGAACCCUCUGCUGAAGACCAUGGAGAUAUAUGACUUCCUGGGUCUGUCAAUGGACAAGAGCGUGGAGGAAUGGAUACAGACCAACACUAGGGGCAGCACCGAGCUGUCGGCUAAACACAAGUACGGUACGGUGAGAGACUCAGCAGCCAACGCCGAGAGCUGGCGCUUGAAACUGUCCUACGACAUGGUGGAGUACACGCAGGCCACGUGUCAGAAGGUUCUACAUCAGCUGGGCUAUAAGGCAGUAAAGUCAGCGGAGGAACUGAAAAACAUGUCACUCUCACUCGUGCAGGACAAAACUUUUGUACCUUUUUCGUAACGAAGAUAGUUCCUGGAUGACUAUUUUUUGAUAUAUUUAUAAAUGUUGCCUUAUAAUUUUCAUGGGUUAUGUUUGUGUUUUUGUCUUUGAUUUCAAAUUUGCACUACAACUUAAAAAUUCUUAAAGUCAUCUGAGGGUGGGAGUUCAUGUGUUGAUUUAGGAACAGCACAAAAUGUUUGAUUUAAAGAACAAAGCUAGAGUAAAACACCAGUUUACAAAUGUAAAUUCAACUCCCAAGGAUUUCAUAAUGAAGACCAUUGACUUUUACUUUCAGCCGUCUAAACUAAAUGCAAAGCGCCGUCCUCAUAGAUUUCCUGUAUGCCAGCUGUUGCAUCAACACACACAGUGAAUGUUGCCAUUCCGUCUAAGGGGUGACUGAGUCGGCGUAGCAGGAGGACAACAGACUUUUGUAGGACUGGACAACAUUGGACUGGACAAGACCAACUGUGCAAUAAAUAGUGAAUGUUGCACUCAA